UUCACGUCGCCCCAGGAGGCGCGUCACAUCUCACAUCUAUAAUCACAGAAAACAAGCCCGAACUUCUCUCGUGUUUCCGUUAACGCUGACGGAUCGCUCGGAGUUGUGUUGUGUUCUGGAAGCGGUUGAAACCUCAGAAUCAUUCAUCCGUACUGUUUGGUGUGGUGCCCCCGCUGGAAACGUCACCCCACACGAACCUCCCCAAAACCCGUCCUCCAAUGACCGCAGCGCGUCCUGAGCCGGUGGAAUAAAACCUCCGUCGGGCCCGUGAGCUGCUCUUACCGAGAAACGGAUCAAUUUGACCGGCAAACCACACAGAACAUGCGCCAUCACGACUGACACUGGCGCCGGAUAAAAGCCGUCGGAUAUUUCCUGCUCUAUCAGGCAAUAAAAGUGUCCACGCAGGAAUAUUUUCACGCAAGACCUCAUAUGGACUAAAACAGCAAAUUAAGUGCGAGUGGACACUUGGACAUUUAACCAGGACAUCAAGUGACCGAGACUGAGAAAUGUCCAACACGACUGGACGAGCUCAUGGGGGUCUUAAUCAACUAGGUGGCAUGUUUGUGAACGGCCGGCCGCUCCCGGAGGUCAUCCGCCAGAGGAUUGUGGACAUGGCACACCAGGGCGUGAGACCCUGCGACAUCUCCCGCCAGCUGAGGGUCAGUCACGGCUGCGUCAGCAAGAUCCUGGGCAGGUACUAUGAGACAGGCAGCAUUAAGCCAGGAGUCAUCGGCGGCUCGAAGCCGAAGGUCGCGACUCCUAAAGUGGUGGAGAAGAUCGCCGAGUAUAAGCGUCAGAACCCGACAAUGUUCGCAUGGGAGAUCAGAGACAGACUGUUGGCGGAGGGCGUUUGUGACGGAGACACAGUGCCCAGCGUCAGCUCCAUCAACAGGAUUAUUCGCACUAAAGUUCAGCAGCCGUUCAAUCUUCCUCUGGACAGUAAAGGUGUCAGUCCUGGACACACACUGAUUCCCAGCUCAGCCGUCACCCCACCGGAAUCACCUCAGUCAGAUUCUCUGGGCUCCACAUACUCCAUCAGCGGACUGCUGGGAAUCCCUCGGACCAGCAGCGACGGCAAGAGAAGCCACGACGACAGCGAUCAAGAGAGCUGUCGGCACAGUGUGGACUCCGGCAGUGGCGGUGGAGCCCGGAAACAGUUGAGAACGGAUCACUUCCCCUCGCAGCACCUCGACUGCGGAUUCCAGCGCCAAUACAGCGCAGACGCAUUCAGCUCGACUGGAGCCGGGAAAACAGAGCAGUCACUGUAUCCUCUCUCGCUCAUCAACGGCAGUUUAGAAGAGGGUAAAAGUGGCUCCACUAUCAGUCGAAACAUGGCAGCACAUCAGGGAUACACGGUGGUUGCAGAAGCCCUACAGCCCCUCCCACUCUGUCUGAAACAGGAAAUGUGCCCUGAGGUGAACAGCUCAAGCCCCUCCCACAACAUCAUCCCUAAUUCAGCAUUCCUGGAGCUCACGUCCAUCUCGGCUCCGUCAUCCGUGUCCAUCAGUAACAGUUGCGCCGGCUCCGCUCAUUUAUCUCACGGCUUCAGCUCAUUUUCCCAUCAUGCACCUGUGCAGGGACAGUUCAGUAGCCCGUCUCUCAUUGCAGGACGAGAUGUGGCGAGCUCCAUGUUGCCCGGUUACCCUCCACACAUCCCUUCAGCCGCUCAGACAGGUUUCUCAUCGUCCACCAUCACAGGAAUAGUUGCAGGUCCAGAAUACACGGGCCAGACAUACAGCCACUCGCCGUACACCUCCUACAGUGACGCCUGGAGAUUCACCAACUCCACUAUCUUAGGUUCUCCGUAUUACUACAGUUCAGCGUCUCGAGCGGCUCCUCCGUCCACUGCCGCAUACGAUCAUCUCUAGACAACCGGUCGGAGAACCAGAAGAACAGACAUAGAGUAUUUAGUGGAUGAAGAAAACAUUCAAACAUAUUCAUGGACGACACCUUUCGUUGCCAGUAUUUAUUUCCUGUUCACAGCCCGAGCGAAGACAAUUUACAGAACAGACGUUUACAUGUUCAUACAUUGUCCAUCAGUCCAGAGAGUUUGUGUCCUUGUAUUUAUAUUUCUCUGUAGCCAAAGACAUGAAGUGUUCUCAGAGAUCCAUCAUGACCACAAUCAAAUUUCACAAGAGACACAAUAGUAUUUGUUUUCCGCACAGUUUUGAUAUGUGUACAACCUGAACACUAGCAAAUCUAAAUCCACACAAUUAAACCAAUAAUCAGUGCGAAUAUUUGGAAUACAUAAUAGCUUACUAAGGAACACCGAAAUUGGCUGUUUUCUGCCUGAGAAAGUAAAAUGCUUGAGGGAUUUAUGAGUAAACAUGGUGUUGGGCAGGUGUAAUUAGAUUGAUAUCAAGUUGUUCUUUGGUAUUUGUUGUAUUUCACCAUCUUUCAACCAAUCCAAUGGAUGAUCAUGUAGCAGUCAGAAGCAGAGUUCAUAUUCAUUUCUAAACCAUUACAGGUGUUUCAUGUCUUGAGGCAAUAUGUACAAAGUGUAUAAAAGGCAAAACCCUAUUAAAAAUGACAUUCUUUUAUAUUCUACACGUGAUUGUUAGGGCUGAGCUCUGUGGGCAUUCAGUAGUUCAUAUCUUCUAUUUCUGAAAUUAAGUGUGUUUUGAGUUUCAGAGAUUACGUUUUAUUGUUCUGUCAAUUAUAUUAUUCGAAUGUAAAUUAAUAAUUUCUACAUAAUUAUUUUGAAUUAAAUAAAGCAUGACAACGUG